AUGAAUGACCACACGUCGAUCAAUAGCAAGGGCCUGAGGACCAUCCUUCUGGAGAAGUUCCACCAUAGGUUUUCGCAUUCGAGAUCUCAUGAGGAGACAGCAGUAGCUGAGUCGCAAGAACAAGAACGUGAACGUGAACAUGAACAUGAACAAGCUGGAAGUAAGCAGCAGCAACAGAAUCGAAGGUCGUCGACGCCCUCGCCUGCAUCAGAGGACGGUGAUGUCGAAAUGGACAUUAAUAACGACGAGUAUCUGAUAGACAUAUCCACGGAAAAAUCUAGCAUCGAAUAUGGACAGUGUUUCAGCGAGACUGACGAACGGAAAACAGGGCCUGCUCCAUUGACUUUGAAUACGGACGCUAAUACGUGGUACGCUCCAGAAAAUAGAGUGUGCACUCCGGUCAUGACCCCGGUUAACCAGUCUGGACCGGCCCAGUUCUACUCAAAACGUCACGAUAGCAUGUCCUCGCUCGCUAGCUCGGUUUCAGAAUUCGGGUACGCGAACAUGAGACCGCAAUCAGCAGCUAGUAACUGUGGCGGUGGCGCCUUCAAUGCUUCUUUCACACCGCGUUUUGUGUCGUUGCUCUCGGAAGUAUACGUUCAAGUGUGCUCCGACCCAACCAUCACCCCUUUUGAUAGCAACAAUCCACCCUCGGGGAUCCUGCAUAGGGUCUCGAAAAUCGCAGUGGAAAAAGCAGACGCAGAGCAUAUCGAUAUUGGGAUCGAAAGAAACUCUUGGCUCCUGACCUUGGUCAGACAGAGACUACUCAUGGAGGCAAGAAAGGAUAGCUAUCUCUCGAGAAAUAGCUCCAUUAUAUCGCUUCCUCCAGUACCUCAGUUCGGAAUUGAGAACAUAUCAGCACCAUUUGGUAAUUCUCAACUUCAACAGCAGCAGCAGCAGCAGGACUACUUCAAUUGUAGCAGUUCAGGGGAUGGAUCUGUUUUCACGAAUAACAACAACUACUAUAUGGGAAUAAACUCCUCCCUAGACUCAAGGCCCUCUUCUCAAUCCUACGGAUCAAGUAACCAACAACUGCAGCAGCCAAUACAAAUGUCACAGGCAACUAACCAAUUGCCUCCACAACACCCUAAAUCCCUAGUCAGAUCUAGGAAUAACAGUUUCUUGACUGCUGCAAGUCGGUCCAGAAGCAACUCUUUCAAAGUACACCCCCAGCUUUCAAAUACCAUGGGUUCUGUUCAAUCGUCUUCUAUGCCAAAAUUAUCCAGAUCGAGGUCCACUAGCAAUGCACACUUUGUAUUAACCCCAACAAAUUCAAUUCCGUCUCAACCUUCUUUUCUUUCCCAAUCAACUUCUGCUGUAAAUACAGUCCUGAGCGCGAUUCCAACUAACAACAAUACCACUGCUGCUGGUCAACAAGUGGAUGAACGUAACGCAAGAUUACCCACACAUGUGGAGAACUGA